UUACGGCCUGUAGAGACAAGCUCAACGUGUUCAAUGCUCAUCCUUGACUCUCAAGGCCGUUUCUGCUCCAGCACGUUUAUCUGGGAGCUGACACGCCCGUGGCCUCGUCUCAUUCAGCAUAUAUAAAGUGUCUGAGGGACGCUGGGGUUUACUGACACAGAGACAUCAUUCAGUGAUUCAGUGAUUCAGUGAUCCAGUGAUUCAGAAAGCAGCACAAUGUUACCUGCAACUUUUAAACUGUGCGCCGGCAUUUCAUACAGACACACGAGGAACAUGACGGGUUUGAGGAGAAAUGCCAUGAUGGCCAUCCACCAUGAGCUGAGCAAACUGUCCGGCCCUGGACCAAGCAUGUGGGUCAGAAACAUCCGCCGCAGGAGCUCGCUGCUCUGUAGCAGGAUCAAGGAGGAGACUUUGGGUGAAUUGGAGCAGGGUUAUGUGCAACAGGGUCAAGAGGCGCUACAGAAGUCCAUCAGCAUCCUCAGUGAUCCAGAUGGCUGGCAAACUGAGAUAGAGACGUUGACUGGAGAUAAAGUGCUCAGUAAGGUUCUCCCGGACAUCGGCAAGGUCUUCAGGCUGGAGGUGGUUCUGAACCAGCAGCCUGACGAUCUGUAUGAGGAGCUGGUGGAGAACAUGGAGCGCAUGGGGGAGUGGAACCCCAACGUCAAACAAGUCAAGAUCCUACAGAAGAUCAACCAAGACACCAUGGUGACCCAUGAGGUUUCUGGAGAGACGCCGGGUAACGUGGUGGGUCCGAGGGAUUUUGUUAGCGUGCGCUGUACUAAGCGCAGAGGCUCAACCUGCUUCCUGGCCGGGAUGUCGACUCAACAUCCCAGCAUGCCUGAGCAAAAGGGCUUCGUCCGAGCUGAGAACGGGCCGACGUGCAUCGUGAUGAGGCCGAGCGCAGACGAUCCCAACAAGACCAAGUUCACCUGGUUACUGAGUUUAGACCUGAAGGGCUGGAUUCCCAAAGCAGUGAUAAACCGAGUUCUCUCCCAGACCCAGGUGGAUUUUGCUAAUCAUCUCCGAGACAGAAUGGCUAACAACAUCAGAAUGGAGGCAACGGUGGCCUGCUGACAUUAUUUUACACACACGGCAAACGUUUAUUACUCGUAUUAAUCUCCAUCCACUCAUAACAUCACAGAUUCUGACAUCUCAAAUCUAUCGUAAGUGACGGAGCAGGAUUACGUAUCGCUCUGAGAACUACACAACAUUUAUUCUAUAACACUCACAUACAGCACCAGACUAUACACUUAAUCCAGACCCCGCUUUCCUUAGCUGCUAAAAUAAACAGGAAGUCCAACAUUACAAGAUUUAUUUAUUUCUAAAAUGUUUAGUAAUUCUUACUGUAUUUUUUUAUAGAACAGCUCAGAACCGAAGGGCUCGAAUGUAAACAAUUAGACAGGAUGAAUGCUCUGAAGCUAGCAGGCUAACGUAGCUAACAAGCGGCGGAAUUCUGUACCUUCUGAUUCUUGAAAAACUUCCUGGGUUCAAAACAUGACCUCAUUACUCGUCUGUGGAUCCUGACAAGAUUGCAAAGCUGCAUGGAAGUCUGUGGCCUUCUGUUUAGCAUUGCACAACUAAAUUGUUUAGUUAACAAUCAUUAACAGCAACUUUAUUCUUAUUAUUAAUAAACAACCAGUACAAGGUACAUUAUAAAAGUCUAUAGAUACAAACAUCACAGAGGUAAAAACUGUCUACAUUUUGAAGCUGAAUCUCUUCUGGGACUCUUCUGACCCAGCGCUCAGAGACGACUCAGAGUCGAUUCACAGUCGAUUCUGAUUCUGGACUAAUGAGUUUGUGAUGAAGUGGAGCACAGACAGAUCUCAUCUCAUGCUAAACUGAAUCCAUAAGCAGUAGUUAGAUUAAUAACAUCAGCCUCGGAGCUUCAGUACGGCUCCACGGGCAGAAUAUGUUGUAAUAUGUUGAGUAUAUUUUUAUUCCAAGAUGUUACCCGUCUGACGUUAGUCUACCUUCAGGUUCCGAGCUGUCGUUAUAUUUUUAUGGAAAGCUACGUAUUUAUUUUGCCUGUAUGUGACUCUACAUGUCUGUUCAAUAAAAGAAUUGAAUGUG